AUGGCUAGAGAGAGAGGUGGUGGCGGCGGCAUCAAUGAUAUAUCAGAAGAUGAUAACACUCAGUUGCUUCCUCCUUCGGCCUCAUGGAGAUUAGAUAUUGAUAAGUUCCGUCUUCCUCAAGAAACGCAUAAUCAUCGUAGCCAUCAUCGUGUCUCUUCUUUCUCUCUGUACCGUCUCCUCCCUGCUUCAAGGAAGCAACGCAAGGUUUCAGAAUACUACAAGAAACAAGAAAGGCUCCUUGAAGGAUAUAAUGAGAUGGAGGACAUGACUGAAUCGGGUUGUUUCCCUGGAAAUCCAACAGAGGAUGAAAUGAAGCAGCUGGCAAAGAGUGAGCGACUGGCAGUUCAUAUUUCCAAUGCAGCUAACUUCCUACUAUUUGCAGCAAAAGUUUAUGCUUCUGUUGAGAGCAAAUCUUUGGCAGUUAUUGCUUCAACUUUGGACUCCCUAUUGGAUCUCUUGUCAGGAUUUAUUUUGUGGUUCACUUCCCAUGCCAUGAAAAAUCCAAACCAUUUCCACUAUCCAAUUGGAAAGAAACGGAUGCAGCCCGUGGGAAUCGUUGUCUUUGCAUCUAUAAUGGCGACACUGGGAUUGCAAAUUCUGCUUGAGUCUGGCCGGCAGCUCAUUGCGAAGAAAGGGCCUGAAAUGGAUAAGGGGCAGGAGAAAUGGAUGAUUACCAUUAUGGUUUCUGUCACAGUUGUGAAGUUUCUGCUGAUGCUCUAUUGUCGAAGAUUUAAGAAUGAAAUUGUGAGAGCCUAUGCACAAGAUCAUCUCUUUGAUGUAAUAACAAAUUCAGUUGGUUUGAUAACAGCCGUUCUAGCAGUCCGAUAUUACUGGUGGAUUGAUCCUACCGGAGCUAUAAUAAUAGCGCUGUACACCAUCAACACUUGGGCGAAGACCGUUAUCGAGAAUGUACGGUCUUUAAUUGGAAGAACUGCCCCGCCUGAAUUUCUAGCAAAGCUGACAUACCUGAUAUGGAAUCACCAUGAAGAGAUCAAGCACAUUGACACGGUGAGGGCAUAUACUUUUGGUAACCAUUACUUUGUGGAGGUUGACAUAGUCUUGCCAGAAGACAUGGUUUUGAACCAAGCACAUAAUAUUGGUGAAGAUCUCCAAGAGAAGCUUGAGCAAUUACCUGAAGUUGAGAGAGCUUUUGUGCAUAUAGAUUUCGAGUUUUCUCAUCGCCCUGAACACAAGAGCAGGAACAAGACUACUGCUGAUGUAAUGUAA